GCCGGCAUGUUUGUUCCUUGCGACCGUGGCGGUGGCUCCGCCAGCCCCGAUUUUAAAGGCUUCACUCUGCUCAUGGUAACCUUUACCACCUUUCAUGGAGGGCUGCACAGCCUGGGAUGACUCUGCAGGCUCACGGGAAGUCAUUCCCGAUCAGCUGACUAGCCCCAGGAAACACUUCACGGCUGAGUUCUACGUCUGGGAGUAACAGGCCGUUGAAAACCAGCCAGUUUGGAGUGACAGUCUGCAAGUGCUGUUACGUCCUCUUUCACAGUGAGCUCAUCAGCGCCAAAUUCACCAGCAGUGUCAGUGGGAAAUGUUGGUCAACUGGCAAUAGAUCUAGUGAUUUCCACGCUUGACAUGACUAAAGUUGGUUACUUCUACACUGAUUGCCUCGUGCCAAUGGUUGGAAAUAAUCCAUAUGCAACAGGAGAAGAAAACUCAGUGGAGCUGAGUAUAAAUGCUGAAGUGUAUUCCUUACCUUCAAAGAAACUUGUAGUUCUGCAGAUCAGAUCACCUUUUAUAAAGAACAAGUACAGACCAUUCUGUCAAACACUGCUUUCCUGGGUAAAAAGCAGCAAAUGUGCCAGAGUCGUUCUUCUGUCUAGCAGCCAUGCCUACCAGUGUGAUGAUGAGCAACUUCUUGGGACACCUUUACGCUACCUACUUACACCUGAUCUUGAGAAAGCAGUGGGAGGUCUUGUACAGGAGCUAAACUGGAAAGAAAUGGAAAAAGUAACAGCUUACCCUGGAAUAAAUGAUACAGAAAAAGUUCUACAUAUUCCUGGAGGUGGCAUCACAAAAAUGUUGUUUACCGAGAGCUGUUCAAAAGGAGUGCAAAUGGCAGUUCUUCUGAAAUUCUGCUCAGAAGGGGACAACAUCCCUGAUGCAUUUGCUCUUAUUAACUAUCUUAAUGAAUGGCUUCGGCUAAUUAAAAGUGAAAGCAAUAAUUCCACAGAUACUUCUUCACAAUGGAAAAUACCAAGUUCUUGGCGCUUACUUUUUGGCAACGGUCUUCCACCUGCACUCUUCUGAUCAGUUUUGAAUUCUUCUGUAAGUCACGUAUGCAGUCUCAAACAGCCCUUGCGAAGGUAAUUACAUAGUAAUUGCCAAGCAACAGCGGCUUACUUUGUCUCUAUACGUUUUUUAUUUAAGAACAAUUCCUUUCACAUGUGUGGGUAGCUAAAGAAAUUAAGGUAACUUUUACAAAUUGACCAAAGAAAUAUGUUUUGUACAGUUGCUUAUUGAAUAACUUUGGUUGACUGUUUGUUCUAAUAAAACAUUUUUUAAAAAACCU